UACCAAUCCGACAACACCCUCGACAAACUCGCCCAGUACGUGCCCUGGACCUCAUCGCGACAGUCGAAUUCAUCAGCUAAUUCAGGUCUUUCAGAAUCAAUCACAAUGGGUGACGCAGACAUCAAGGCAUCGACAUGGAGACUGGUGGAGGUCGGCCGCGUUGUCCUCAUCCAGGGCGGCCCCUCAGACGGCAAGCUGGCUGCUAUCGUUGAGAUCAUCGACCACAAGCGCGUUCUCGUUGAUGGCCCAGCCACAGAGAGCAAGAGCGCCGUUCCCCGUCAAGCGAUCGCCCUUGCACAACUCGUCCUCACACCUCUUGUCCUCUCAAAGCUUCCCCGAGGCGCACGAACCGGCGCCGUCAAGGCAGCGUGGGAGAAGGCCGGCAUUGAGGCGAAGUGGCAGGAGAGCUCCUGGGCCAAGAAGCGCGCCCAGAAGGAGCGGAGACGAGCCCUGACAGAUUUCGAGCGAUUCAAGGUUAUGAGAUUGAGGAAGCAGGCACGUUUUGAGGUCCGGAAGUCUUUGGCCAAGAUCAGGGCUUCUGCGUAGAGGUUCAGAUGUAUUUGGGAUUGUGAGCAUGAGAGCAUGAAUGCAAUGGGUU